GUGUUUUUCUUUACAGAUUUGCUUUGAGUUAACACAAGGACGCAGACCGAAGAGACGACAGAAUACCAUCUUGAUCAAUUUUUUCUUCACCAGCGACGGACAUUUUGAUUCCACUUUACUUACUUGUUCAAGAAGAAAACCUGCAUAAAACCCGCCCAUUAAACAAAGCAAAUUUUUUCCUUUACAAAAGUUUGCUUUAUACAGCCAUGACAGUUUUCUCUUUUAAACUGUUAUAAAAGCAAUCAAAAUUCGUGUUGCUAUAAAGCACAGUUAUAAAAAAACAACCUGGGCGCUGAGGAGAAAAGUUUUUGAUAAGUCAUAUACCAUGGGGACAGGACCUGUGGACCCAAGAGAACUUCUCAAAGCUCUUGACUGCUUCUUGGGCAAGGAAGGAGAAAUCAAGUCUGCAGAGGGAGUCUCUAAAAUCUUCAACUUAAUGAAAGGCUCUCAGAAGAUGGUCAGCAGAUGUAUUUAUCUCAAUAUAUUGUUGCAGACUAAAUCACAGGAUCAUCUUAACAAGUUUAUAAGAGUUGGUGGUUAUAAACUGUUAAAUGCCUGGUUAACCUACGCUAAAUCAACAAGCAAUGCACCUCUUAUGCAGCUGAUACUACAGACGUUGCAGAUGUUGCCACUUACUGUUGACCAUCUCAAACAGAAUAAUACAGCCAAGUUGGUGAAACAACUGAGUAAAACUGGAGAAAAUGAAGAGCUCAGAAAGCUAGCAGCUAUGCUGGUUGAUGGAUGGAUGGCCAUUAUACGUUCCCAGAGUGCCACGGCAGCAGCAUCCAAUACACAUAUAGAUAAGAAGAAGAAAAAGGAAGAAUCUAAAGUAAAAAUAGUAGAAAAAGUGGAGACAAAAAUGGAAGAUGCCAACAAAAAAGAUAAGCCAAAGACUGUGAGAACAACGGCACCAAGCCAUGCGAAAUUUAGGUCUACAGGACUGGAACUGGAAACGCCUACUCCAGUUUUAACAAAAAAGAUUCAACCCCCGCCAAUUCAGCUAGGUGACAAAUAUAAAGUAGCUCCACUAAAAAGGCAAAGCUCUGCUCCAGUUGAGACACCUCCAAUAGAAAAGAAAUACAAACCUCUCAACACUACUCCAAAUUCUACUAAGGAAGUUAAAGUUAAAAUCAUCCCACCACAGCCAAUGGAAUGCAGUGGGUUUUUGGAUGCUUUGAAUUCCGCUCCAGUUCCAGGAAUAAAGAUUAAAAAGAAGAAGAAAGUGGUGUCUCCAACUACGCAGAAGCCUUGCCCAUUUGAGACCAAAAUGUCACAGGAUCCCAGUCCUGUAAAGCCACCUUCUCCAGUUGAGGUUAUGGACAUAGAUCAGCCAGGCACUCCAGUUCCAGCAGUGGAGGUACCAGAGCCCAUGGAUAUUGUUCCUGAUGAGACAAAAGCACUACCAGAGGCACGUAAAGAAGAUAACACUAUGACAAUUCAGAAAUCAAAGAAGAAGAAGACAGUACAUUGGGCAGAAGAGCUUACUCUGCGGCAGUACUACUAUUUUGAGUUGGAUGAGACAGAGAGAGUUAAUGUCAACAAAAUCAAGGACUUUGGCGAAGCUGCCAAACAAGAGAUGAUGAAGGAUCGUCGAGCCUUUGAAACAGCACGGCGACUGUCUCAUGAUGCUAUGGAGGAAAAGGUGGCUUGGAGUUGUCCACGUCCUCUUUCCAUUCCCGAGAGCCUUGUUGUUCCAGGUAGUGGAAGUGAAGAGAAGUUAAUACAGCAGGAAAGAGAAAAGGGGAUCCUCCAAGAGAUCUUCCUGUAUAAAGAAAGUGUCCCAGACAGCCCCCAUGAGCCUGAUUCAGAAGCAUAUGAGCCAAUACCACCAAAGCUUAUCCCCUUGGAUGAGGAUUCUACAUUUAUGGAUGACAGCUAUAUGGACCCUGUGGAUCCAGCUGCCCCUUCUCAGUCUCCAGAUAAUUCAACAGCAAAGCUACCACCCAUUCUUGCUAAUCUUAUGGGCAGCAUGGGAGCUGGCAGGAGCCCUCAGCAGCAAAAUGCUGGAAGUGCACCACCAGUCAAUGUUCAAGAGCUCCUCUCCACUAUAAUGGGAGCCCAGGGGAAUCAGAAGACAGAGGACCUAAUAAAGCAGCCUGACUUUUCUGAUAAAAUAAAGCAGCUUCUAGGAUCUCUGCAGAAUCAGAACCAAAGCCAAACUCAGGGUUCUGGGACAGCAAAUUCAGGACUGCUAGGACCUGGGCCAGGAGCUAACGGAAACUUUCCUCCUACUCCAAAGAAUGGUCCUCAUUUUUCACACAGUACACAACGUGCACAUUAUCAGGGGCCUCAUGGUGGGGGCAGUGGAAGUGACGGAGGACCUCCUGGAGUGCCACGAAUGAUUGGACCACCACCUAACCAGCAACGUGGUGAUGGUUACUGGGAUCAGCCAUGCGAGUCUAUGAGGGGAGGACCCCAUGGCAUGAGAGGUGGCCCUUACCAUCGUGGGAGAGGGGGAAGAGGUGGAGAGCCAAACUUCAGAGGGCGACAGAGCCGGGGAGGUGGUGGCAAUGGUGGACCACCAAGGGGUGGAGGGCCCAACAACCAGCAUAUUGCAGAUAUGUCAAUGCGUCCAGUAUGCCGUCAUUUCAUGAUGAAGGGCAGCUGUCGUUAUGAGAGCAACUGUGCGUUUUACCAUCCGGGAGUGAAUGGACCACCUUUGUGAAUGUUUGUGGGCUUUAUAUGAACUUUGGGCCUAAGAAAGUAGCACCUCUCUGAACUUUAAUUUCUGAUGCUGCUGCAGUGAUUGAGCAUCCUUCCAUCCAUGCCUUAACGUCUGGCUCAUCAUUGGUGGUGCAGCUAACAUUCUUAGUGGGGCUGUUCUUUUAUCAUUUCAGCAUUAUGAUGGUCUUUUUUUUUUGAACAGCUUGACCAAAUCAAGACUUUUUUGUGUAUAUUCACUAAAAUUCCCAUAGAAAUAGGAAUUCAUUUUCCAAAUUGAAUGAGGGAGUACAAAUGACACUGAAUGUCAGCUGUGUAUAUCCACUGUGAAAUACAUAUUUUUCUGCCUUUUUAUUUAAUAUAUCUGAUGAGAUGACCACAUUUUUAAUUGAAAGCAAAAAAAAGUCUGUGGUUAAAACACGAGGUGACUUUUUUGCAAUUUUCAAAGUGGAUCUACACAUUAUUUUAAAAUAUUUUUCAACAAUAGUACACUUUUUAGUGUAUGGCUCCAGAUUUCUCCAUUCAAACAGAAAAAUGAUUUCUUACAAAAAAGUUAGUUUAUUUUGUUUGUCAGAAACAUUAAAAGUUAACUUGAUAUGAACUUUGGUAAUUACGUAAAUUGCCUUUUUUAACCAACCUACUUAAAGCGGGGAAAGCAUAGCUGCCACAUUUACAGUUGGUUUUUAAACUCUUACCACGGUGCAGCAGCAGCACGACAUAAUUAAGCUGACAUGUUUUAAUGAAAGCAGACUACAGUAUUACACAUUUGAAAUAUUUAUUUGAUCUGUGUAUAUUUUUGAUGUAUAUAUUGUGUAUAGACCUGUGUUUAAAAAUGAACAUUUUUUGUUUUACCUAAAGAUAUUUGACCACUAAGCCAGUAAGUUCUGGCGUUCAGGUUUACGCAGACAUUCAAAUGCUGUGUGCAUAAAAAGUUGCUGGGCUGUAAGUGUUCUCCGAACAAGUCUUGAAAUGUCUUUGGACCCCCACAUUCAAUGGUGGCUGAAGUGCUUCUGCUGAUUGUGACCCAGUUUAACCACCCAUCCCCAAAAAACAAGAAGCAGACCCAUGGCUGCCAAAACCACAUUGUCCUGAUCAGCAUGAUUUUAAAGAAAGCAAAUUGUCUCUGUUUGUCUUUGACCCCAUUGUUAAGUUUCUUGGUAAUUUUUUUUUUUUUUGUCUCAUUUUGCAAAGAACAAGAAUGAUGGCUUGGAAUAUUGACUUCUAUUUAAACACCAGCAGAUUUAGUGCUCCACCAAUUACUUUUUCAUUCUUUCCACCCAAACACACACACACCUCGAUUUUAAAUACCCUAAAUUAAUCUGCAUUAAUGCAGCAGGUCACCUUUUAAAAAUCCAUCAAUUUGAAUCCAGUGAUUUUUUUUUUUUUUUUUAAUAAACUUGAGUUGUACUGAUGUAAGUUUUUAGAUUUAGAUUAGAACCGAUCAAGAUGUGGCACAGAGUGAUGGAUUGCAUUUCAUUUGGUUAUUUUUCCUCAGUAUUUAAUUUGACAGGAGACUUGUGUAAACACACUGAUCCUUUGACAGUAUUCUCCACUACUCAAAAGAUUUAACAAUACCAAAAGAAAGUUUCAAACAUCUAAUGUAGAGUCCUUAUAGGUAACUGAAAAAUGACAACGUUACAGUAUAGCACAGUAUACAUUGCAGUCAUACAAUGUUGACAUCAAAACUGUAAGUUAGUUGGGUCCAUCAGGUGAAGCACUUGCCGUGAAAAGCAGCCUUUGCCUUUUAAGCACAGUAGCAUUUGUACUGGCCUCCACAUGCAUUUUGUUAACCCAGGGGGAAGACUGAAAAUAAAUAAGCUGCUAUUUUUAUGAAAUUUGGCUGUAUAAUUAUGACACUAGAAUUUGUCAUAGGCUGCAAAAAGGUGCUCAACAAUCUCUUGUUUUCUGUGAAAACGUGUUGCUGUCUCUUCUGGGACUUUCUUUCACCUUCAUUGAGAUGUAAAUAUAAUAAUGUUUUGUAUAUAUUUUGUAUAUUUCUUAAUAAAGGUAAAGAAAUUGUUUAUA